AUGGUAGAGGCCAAUGAGAGCAUUAAAGAAACCAGAAGUGUGGAGGCUAAUGGUAACUAUGGAGAAGUUGCAGAUAUCCAGAACUCAGGUUUCUCAUCAUUCCUUCCACUGAGUUUGGCUCAGGACUCUGCUGUAACUGAGCCAGUGGACAGCCCUUCAGACUGUAUGUUAGAGGCUGCAGUCGACUCAGUUUUUCCUACAGCCUUAGGCUCCAGAGUAGCUCCGCUGCAAACACACACACACACACAGUCGGCUGUUGUUUCCCUACAAGCCAGUUUGGAGAUGCUCUGGUGGAUGGUAAGCAGGGCCUGGCUCUGCUUCUCCUGCUGCCUCCUGCUGAGUCUCUGCUCCCAAACAGAGAAUGUAAGAUCAGAUUUCCCUCCUGAACAAGAAUCAGGGGAACCAGACUUUGUGGACUGGGAAAUGGGUUCUGGAUCUUCUCUGCUGCAUCUCUUCCCCAACUUCCCUGCUGACAGCCCCUUUAUUAAGGAGUCCCCAGAAAAACCAAUCAAUUGCACCCAGCGCUUCUGGUUACCACCAUCCUCUCCAGUGUGCUGGGAAACUAUAGCAGAGCCCGAGGAGUUUGCAAAGUCCCGUCUGCUUGCUCUGCAGAACAGAGCCGCACUGCAGGCUGUGUUUGACCUAAGUGGGGUGGAGGAAACGGGGAUUUCCUAUAACCAUCAAGCCAGAGAGGAGGUCCAGGGCAUCCAGUCUGACCACCAGAAGGUGACGGAGACAAUACAAACCAUGGAGACCGUGUUUGUCUCACUGCAAGAGAAAAGAAAAGAGGGGAAGGACCACAACAUUCUUACCAGCAUAAAGGAGCGUCUUUCCAACGCAAACAAGGCUAUACAUGGAAAAGAACUCAUGGCAAACAACCUGGAGAGCCGGUUUUCUACUUUAGAGAAGACUCUGCUCAAUAUACACCUCCGACUGAGCAGACUCUUUCAGCAGUGACAACAAUGGAAGUCUCCUCUGGUACAAGAAUUUAGCCGGUGCAUGCAUGAUUAGUUUUUAAGUUUGCAAAAGAAAACUAAUUGUUAGCAGAAGAACAGAAACAUGUACGAUCUUUGACCUGGAUACAUGUGGCUGUUCAAGUUUAUGAUUCCAAAUGUCCAUAUGCACAUUUUAUAGUGAUAUAAAACACCUUGUAAAACUCUGUUAUACCUGUGUCAAACUCGAGAUAUGGUAUUUGUCUGUCUAUAGACAUAAAGGUUGUCCAGUACAGCUUCAACAUGUAUUUUUAAUCUAAAAUCCAAACCACAGAUUCAUAAUUAAAUAAAGAAGAAGAGAAGA